GCGGGCGCAUCGAAUCAGUCCUCAGUAUCAUCCAGUGCACCGACUUAUUCGCCGCGUUCCAAAUUCGAAUUAUUUGUUUUUAAAUAAAUAGUUUUCACAAUGACGCUGCCAUAUGAUACAAUUUCUACGGCUUCGCAGUCACGAACGGAGUCUUUGUUUACAAAAUGCUGCUGCUGCAUUCCACUAAGGCUUGGAUGUUUCAUCCUCGGAUACCUGAAUCUGGUCUUCAACACCUACCAUACCCUGGCCUUGCUAACCCUGGCCACCUACAUCGGCAUCACGACCCACGGUUUCGACCACUUUGACGCCGACGGCCCCCGCGUGGUCUCAGACCAAGUCCCAGACAUCGAGUCUGUUGAGAGACCGUUUCUCAACCAAGUGGGAGUUCUGCUUAUGGUUGUACUCUGCGCGAAUAUUGCUUGGCUGCUGAUCAAUGUGGCGUGUCUUGUUGGACUACAUAAGAAAAGUCUCGGCCCCAUCCGCGUCUACAUCGGCUUCGCCACCGUCCGACUGCUGUUGUCUCUCGCUGGCUUCGUCUACCUCGUGAUGUCUUGCAAUGCUGGUACCCAAACUAUCAUUAUCCACAGCAUGGAUCUCGGUCUCGCAGCUUACUUCAUCCUGGUAUACUACAUCUACGCAGUCCAUCUUGAGCGUGAACUGGAGGAGGCCCGCGCUGAGCCAGCUAACGAUAUAGCCUUCGUCUAUCCUGUUAAGAUUGAUAAGGAGAAGUUGGUUCUAUAGACUGUUCUAUCGGAUUCGAGUAUCAGGAAAGGGGUACCUAUAUAAUACAGAUUAUCAGUUCGCCGGACGAUAUUAGUUUCCUACAAAGCAUAAAAACUCGAUCGCAAACUCGGUUUGUAUAAAGUAUAAAAAUUAUUCUAGCGCAACUGGCGUUUCUGUAGUCAUCCCGGCCAGAGAAGCCUGUUAAUCAAAAAAAGUAAUAUUGACAGUCCAAGAUUGUCCGGCGUAAAGGUAACCCGUGGGUAGCUAAAGGCCGCCGAUUGGACGAAAGUGGCGCAUCAAGGUCUCAUGUUCAUGUAAUCGAGUGCAAUGAUACCCUUUUCUCGCUUGCGUCCGUUCUAAGGCCUAAUGCAGUAUCUAGAAAAACCACUUGGUGACAAUUUUGACACUCUAAAAUGCUAGUAUAUGGUAGGCGCGACAGUAUGGGUUUCUCCGAAGGAAUUGGUUCUAGCCAACCAAAAAUCGCUCGUUAGUAUAAAGACGCUUACGGCUCAGCCACGACAUUGGUCUAAGCGCGACAGCGGUGAGCGGCGGCCAUACAUUGGAGCGAGACACAGGGAUGGGAUUUUUCAUUCACACGUAUUGCUGCCGCUCACCGCUGUCGUGGCUGGGCCGUUACGCGUCGUCAUCGCAAAACGCGUUUGUACACAUGUUUAUACUAACGAGCGAAUUUUGUCCCGCGAAAGCGAGACCGCGAGAUACCUAUACUCUUCCUUUUCUAACUAUAUUAAUCAGAGCGGGAGCCUAUCAUGUAUUUUAGCUGCAUUGCGGUCGCAUAUCCUUCAGUCACAUUGAAAAAUGCAAAAAUUUCAGUUUAUUAAAAUUUUUCGUAAAAGAAACGCUACUGAAAUCACAAUUUAUAAAUACUAUUGUUUGUUGAAACUUCAAAAUCUCAUUCAAAUUGUAAUUUAAUAAUAAAGAGGGAUGUGCAAUAAUUAAAUUUAUAUGACCUUUCUAAAACAUACGUAGCACAUUAAAUAAACCGAUUUUAGAUUCAUAUUUAUUUAGUAUGUAAUGUGUACAUUUAAUUAUUUUAUGAGUUUUAACAAUGUAUCAAAUUAAACAUUAGUUGUUAAUUCUAUAUUUUACAAGUAAAAUCAUGCAGUAAAUUAAAAUAAUAAUGAAUGAACAAUCAAACUAUUGUAAAACUGAAAUACCUUCUUAUCGUUAAAAAAAUUGAAACGUAUUUUGGAUAUAAGUUAGUAUUAAAAAUAAAUUAAAGAGAUAUCUUAUUAUUUCUAAAAUAUAACAAUUAGAAAGGUAAGCGUGUGAUGUAUUUCUCGAUAUAAAACUUGUAAUAUAAAAUAAUUAGAAUGAUUGUAUAUAAAAAGAGAUUAAGGUUGUUGAGUAAAUAAAGUUUAAUAAUAACUAAGAAUGUAUAUAUUUUGUCCUUGUUUAUUUCUUUUCUAAUAUUAUUAAAUUCAUUCGUUUGUUCAA